AUGUCUGAAGUAGGCAAAUCUCGACAGAUCGAGCUUAACUUUCCCGACGAAGAACUCGACCGUCUGCAGCGCAAGCUCGACGAUGCUCGUCUGCCCGAUACCGAGAUCACCGGCGGACUCAAGCCCUGGGAGUACGGCACAAAGCUGAGCAAGCUGCAAAGUGUUCUGAACGACUGGAAGAGCGGCAACCCCAAAGACAACCACGGCAAGCCGGUCGGCACCCCUGGCCAAGGAGUCAAGAAAUGGUGGAAGGCCAUCGAAUCGGAGCUCAACCGCUUCCCGCACUACAUGGUGCGCAUCGAGGGCAUCGACAUCCACUACCAGCACUUCAAGUCCUCCGUUCCCGACAGCGAGGCCAGCACGCCGGCGAUCCCGUUCAUCUUCUCUCACGGCUGGCCAGGCUGCUUCACGGAAGCUCACCACUUUGCAGCCCGCCUUGUCGAAUCGAAAUCGCCGCGCUUCGAGGUCAUUGUCCCCAGUCUUCCUGGCUAUGGACUAUCUCAAGCACCGGGCAAAAAAGACUGGUCGCUCAUCGAUACGGCCCGUAUCUUCGACACCCUAAUGACCUCGGUGCUCGGCUUCAAAUCGUACAUGGCGCAAGGCGGUGACUGGGGCUCGCUGGUGACGCGUUUCCUGGCCAACCACCCAGCGUGCAAGAUCGCACACAUCAACUACGCGCCUCCCCAACCGCCCAAAUGGAGCACUCCACUGAUGACGCUGGAACACUGGGGCUACAAGGGUGUCGCUCCCGCGGGGCUCAAGCUGAUGGGCUACCACCCACAAGGAGUGCUCGGAGUCCAACGCACUUUUGAGUACCUCAACCAGGGCAGCGGCUACGCCCAGAUCCAGAGCACCCAACCAUCCACCAUCGGAUACAGCCUCUACGACAACCCCGUCGGAAUCCUUUCGUGGAUCAUGGAGAAGUUCGAUGCGUGGUCCGAUCCGCGCUGCGCCGCUGUCAACCGGUCGAACUCGGACAUCGAUCCGCGCUCUCACGUCACCGACGAGACCGUCCUCACCGUCGUGAUGAUCUAUUACCUCACGAACACGAUCCACACGAGCUUCUUGAAUUACAAGGAGUCGUUUCACUUCUUCGUCAAGCCCGACUGGAAGUUGUGGGACCAGGCCAAGGACAAACCGUUCGGGUAUACCAGCUUUCCGUACGAGCUGGCGGCAGGACCAAGGACCUGGCUCAAGAACUACAGGCUCAACUGGCAGUACUACAAGAUGCAUGAUUUCGGCGGCCACUUUGCUGCGCUAGACAACCCAGAUGCGCUGGUGGAAGACAUGCAAGAGUUUGCCAGCCAACACUGGCCCGGGCUCUGA